UCUCGCACAGUGCAGUGGAAGCUUGAAAAUUUUCGAAAACAUUGGACUGAACUCACUAAAGAAAAGCGGAACGACCCUUGGAAAAAAUCUCACAGGAAGACUUCUUGGUUAUUGUCAUUGUUUUUUAUGCCGUGGAAAGAUUGCUUGGAUUAGUCUUUGUGGAAACUGCGAAUAUAUAUCGGUUUGAGUGUUAGCGGCACUGCGAUCAUUUAGAUAAAAGUUGUAGCCAGAGUUGUAAAAGGGAUCUUGACUUGUGAAUCAGCCAAUGCACAUCUGCUGUGGAACAAUCCUUUGCGAGUUCCACACGCUCUACCUGUUGAUUAUCUGGUUAUUUUGUGAUUGUAUUGAGAGUUUAUAUUUGUAUUGUAUAUAAUCGUGGGGGAACGCACAAUUUGUUGAACGCUGUUCCGUCCUUCGAGCAUAGUUAGCUAUAACAUUGCUCGUCCUGGGGAGAACGUGUAAACAAGCAUCUCUGUGAUAGUUUUGUACAGUUGUUGCAGUAUUAAAUUUUGGUAUUCCUGGGUAUUUGUGAUAAAUAUUCCAAGGACAAUCAUGCCGGUUACGAACCAAGGACAGUCUUCUCAGUUUCGGCAGCAAGUGCCCUCCAGUGUGCAGAAUCAGUUGCACCAGCAGGCGUCACAACAUGGAAGGUCUAAUAGUGGGUCUCCAGUGGUGCGUAACCGUGGGCCGGGAGUGGGCAACUCCAAUGUAGGAUCGGCUCCAGGCAGCACGGGACCCGCGGCGGCACCUGUGUCAGGCAUGCAGCAUCUCUCUUUGUCUGCUGAGCAUGAGACUCUGGCUACGUCAUCGGGAAAUCAAGCGGAAGGAAACGGAGACUGGCGUAAUAAUUUGAAACUGCCUCCUCCGGACACGCGCUGCAAAACUGAAGAUGUUACGGCUACAUUGGGCUUGGAAUUUGAAGAUAUGAUGUUGAAAAGGGAGUUGCUAAUGGGGAUAUUUGAAAUGGGCUGGGAGCGUCCGAGCCCCAUUCAAGAGCAGACCAUUCCGGUUGCGACGGAUGGUAGUGGUGUGGAUAUAUUGGCUCGUGCAAAAAAUGGGACGGGAAAAACUGGAGCGUAUUUGAUUCCCGUACUGCAAAAUAUUGAUACUAAUGUGGACAGAAUUCAAGCUUUGGUGAUUGUGCCAACUCGAGAACUGGCAUUACAGACAUCUGCCAUUUGUAUGGAAAUUGGAAAACACCUAAAUGUCAAGGUUAUGGUAUCAACAGGAGGAACUAGUUUAAGAGACGAUAUUCUGAGAUUGCAAGGAACAGUUCACAUUGUUGUGGCGUCACCUGGGCGCAUUCUGGAUCUUAUGGAUAAAGGAGUGGCAAAGAUGGAUGCCUGUAAAAUGUUCGUAUUGGAUGAGGCGGAUAAGUUACUGUCAUUAGACUUCGAAGAUAUGCUGGAUCGUCUCAUUAAACAUUUGCCGGAAAACCGACAAAUAAUGUUGCUGUCUGCAACGUUUCCCGUGGCGGUGGAAAAUUUUAAGAAUCGAUAUUUGAAAAAGCCUGUCAUCUUCAAUCUGAUGUCUGAACUGACACUGAAAGGGAUUAGCCAGUUUUACGCGUUUGUGCAAGAGAAACAAAAAGUGCAUUGCUUGAACACUCUCUUUUCCAAGCUGCAGAUCAAUCAAUGUAUUAUUUUCUGCAAUUCAUCGUCACGAGUGGAAUUAUUGGCUAAGAAAAUUACUGAACUGGGGUAUUCUGCGUAUUUCAUCCAUGCUCGCAUGCCUCAACAGCACCGAAAUCGAGUCUUCCAUGACUUCCGCACUGGCGCUUGUCGCAAUCUAGUUUGCACAGAUCUGUUCACUCGUGGCAUUGACAUCCAGGCGGUUAACGUUGUCAUCAACUUUGACUUUCCGAGAAUGGCCGAAACUUACUUGCAUCGCAUCGGCCGUUCUGGACGAUUUGGACAUCUGGGUAUUGCCAUCAACCUGAUCACCUUUGACGAUCGUGACAAUUUACAUCGCAUUGAAAAAGAACUGGCUACUGAUAUUAAGCCCAUUCCAAAGGAAAUCGAUAAGCGGCUGUAUGUGGCCGAAUUCCAGCAGGGCAACGCUAAGGAAAUCCAGGAAGCCGUCGCCGCGGACGAAGCCGCCGCCGCCGCUAAGGCGGCUGCUGCUGCUGCCGUGCCUAAUAGCAGCGGUGCCACUACUGCACCCAUUCCACCGGGUGCACCGUCACCACAGGCAGUUGGCGCGAAAAGCGGAGUGGCACCGGCUAUGCCGAGUGCGUUUGUGCGUCCUCCGGUCGGCGGAGUGGCUAUGCGUCCCGUAGUCAAUCGGGGAUCACCUACUCAAGCGGGAAAAGGACAAGUGUAGAUCAUAAUGCGGAAUGGUCAAUCCAUCUUAUUGUGUCUUGUCGAGUUGUAUUUUGUUUUGUUUUGAUAAUGGGCAGUUUAUACAUCGGUUGCGAUCGACCCAUUACAGUUAGCAUCAUCGUUACUUCAGUUUUUGUUUCGUAACUGGUCUUGUGUAUUUCGAUGCGUUGUUAGCUUCUCUUUCCAUCCUUGUAUUGAGAGCUUUACUGUGGACGUUAAGUUGCCUGCACCAGUGGACACUUUUCCAUAGAUCGUUUGUUAAUGCGUUCGUCGCUUUUAAUGUCUGAUUACGUAAUUUGCUAGACCGUAGAAAAGGGAAUUAAAAAAGUGCAGUGCAUC